CGAACAAAGAGGCUUGAAGAUAAGGACGAAAGAUUCACUAUAUUUACAUAGCAGCUUGCUCCUCUGCAGAUUACUGAUCACCCUUCUGAUAAUUCAUCGAGUAGUAGAGCUUCUUCGAAACACAAGUCAACCUCCUGCUUCUGUCCAUUUUCUAGUACCGAAGAUACCCCAUAUACCUACUUUAGCCACCAUGUUGUUCCAUCCUACCCUCGCUAUCGCAGCACUGCUUCAAUUUGCCCUUCCCGCUUCCGCCGCAUUCAUCUUCUGCGCUGGCGCUCCUGCCGAUGGCAGCUGUCCCGCUGAUAAGGGAACCAAGAAAAGCGUAUGUUUCUAAGUUCUUUCCCUGUUGGAUGUAUGCUGACUUUGGGUGUUCUUUGUAGUGUCAAAACAUUUGCGCCCACUGCAAGCCCAACUGCUUUGGAGGAUCAGCGCAAGACUUGGGCGCAACUUGUUGCGAGCAGUCAGACGGACCAUCAAUAUGUUCUGUUUCCGCAAUUUUACCGUUCACCUUCCUUUACGUCAGGCCCCGAAACGCGAAUGACCAGGCCAGAUGGGAAGACUGGAGUACGAGCAGUUUCAAGUCUCACAAGCUUCAUGGCUCCAACCUAUUUUCCAAGCGUGCUUGGAGGCCGGGAAUGUAGCUUGAAUCCCUCAAACCUUCUGUGCCUGCCACGAAGGGUAUCAGUGGCUUACAUGAUGUGAUCGAGGUGAUGCUAGACCAUUCCGAAUUCUGCCAAAAUUCAUGAGACUGGAGGCUUAAUCUUCUAUAUGAGGUCUGUAGAUCAUGUUCAUUGAUCGGGAAGUCCAGCCCUGAGCUGAAUAAACAACAAGUCUGUUUCCCCUCGCACUGCUAGG